CAAGCUCCCCAUAACCUCUUCUCUGGCUGAUGACCUUUCUCUUUGAUCAGGAUGUGUUGAUGGAGCUUCUUGAGCAGUGUGCGGAUGGACUCUGGAAGGCAGAGCGCUAUGAGCUCAUUGCUGACAUCUAUAAACUCAUCAUCCCCAUCUAUGAGAAACGCAGAGAUUUUGAGAGGCUAGCCCAUCUAUAUGACACGCUGCACCGGGCCUACAGCAAAGUAACUGAGGUCAUGCACUCAGGCCGAAGGCUCCUGGGGACCUACUUCCGGGUGGCUUUCUUUGGACAGGCAGCGCAUUACCAGUUUACUGACAGUGAAACAGAUGUGGAGGGGUUUUUUGAAGAUGAAGAUGGAAAGGAAUAUAUUUACAAAGAACCCAAACUCACACCUCUGUCAGAAAUUUCUCAGCGACUCCUUAAACUUUAUUCAGAUAAAUUUGGUUCUGAAAAUGUCAAAAUGAUACAGGAUUCUGGCAAGGUCAACCCUAAGGAUCUGGACUCCAAGUAUGCCUAUAUCCAGGUGACUCAUGUGAUCCCGUUCUUUGAUGAAAAAGAAUUGCAAGAAAGGAAAACAGAGUUUGAAAGAUCACAUAAUAUUCGCCGCUUCAUGUUCGAGAUGCCCUUUACCCAGACAGGGAAAAGACAGGGUGGGGUCGAAGAGCAGUGCAAACGGCGCACCAUCCUGACAGCAAUACACUGCUUCCCUUACGUGAAAAAGCGGAUCCCCGUCAUGUACCAGCAUCACACCGACCUAAACCCCAUUGAAGUGGCCAUCGACGAGAUGAGUAAGAAGGUGGCCGAGCUCCGGCAGCUCUGCUCCUCGACUGAAGUGGACAUGAUCAAACUGCAGCUGAAACUCCAGGGCAGCGUGAGUGUGCAGGUCAAUGCUGGCCCGCUAGCAUAUGCCCGAGCCUUCUUAGAUGACAUGAACACAAAAAGAUAUCCUGACAAUAAAGUGAAAUUGCUAAAGGAAGUUUUCAGGCAAUUUGUGGAAGCUUGUGGGCAAGCCUUGGCAGUAAAUGAACGCCUGAUUAAAGAAGACCAGCUAGAGUAUCAGGAAGAAAUGAAGGCCAACUACAGGGAAAUGGCGAAGGAGCUUUCCGAAAUCAUGCGUGAGCAGAUGGGAUGAUCUGCCCCCUGGAGGAGAAGACGAGCGUUUUGCCGAACUCCCUUCACAUCUUCAAUGCCAUCAGUGGAACUCCAACAAGCACAGUGGUUCACGGGUUGACCAGCUCGGCCUCGGUUGUGUGAUUUCACCUCAUGGACCAUGUGCAGGGACUUCAUCAUUACAAACUCAGGAUGAUUUCUAAAGCUAAUCACUGGGGAGACUGAGCACUGGGAGAAGCCAUGGGGAAUGGGAGAGAAAGGGAAUAAGGACUGUGAUAUUUCAUAGCAAAUUUUCUACCAGAGUUAGAAGAGGGUGUGCAUAUUUUUUUAAAUGUCAGUAGCAAUAUUCAGAGUUUUCCUUGUGUCGAGUUUUAUUCUUCCUUACAGAGUAGUAUUAAAAUAAAUGGCCUAAAGAAGAAAAGUAUUCUGGGAUGAAUGUGGCAGGGACAGCAGCACUGAAACUGAGCGGGGUGGGGUUCUGCCUCUGGGAUAAGCUGGAAAAUCUUGAAAAUAUUAUUUUUCCCUGUAGCACAUUCAGGGUGAAUACAAGAACUAUUUUUGUGACUAGUUUUGGAUGACCUAAGGGAACUGACCAUUGUAAUUUUUGUACCAGUGAACGAGGACAUUUAGUGCUUUUAUACUCAUUCCUUGCAUUGAAAACAUAUGAAAGCUUAAGAAACUAUGUGAGCUUAAAACCAGUCAAGCAGUUUAGAACCAAAGGCCUGUACUCACAAACACAACUGUGCUAAAAAGUGAAAAGUAGUACAGUAUAUCACUAUGUACAUACAGUUUGUUAAUACAGUCUCAGCAUUCUGUAUAUACAUGUAUUACAUUUCUACAUUUUUAAUACAUCUGCUUCCACAUUAAGUUUAAUUGUGACAAAUUUGUGCUGUUCUUAGUAUAUGCAAUACACCUGACUUUACUAUUUUAUUCUUGUACAUAAAGAAAAGUGCAAUAUGGAGAUGUAUACAGUCUUUGCUAUUUUAGGUUUAUAAACUGUUAAAAAUUUCAUCCUUUUGCCAAAACGGUGGAAUCUGUGAUUGGUAAAUCAUAAAUCCUGUGGUGAAUGGGAGUAUGAUUUAAAACUUUCACCAUGUUGUAUUUUCUUUUAAGACAUUAAUUUAGUAAUUUUAUAUUUGGGGAAAUAAAAAUUUUUAAUUUUAUUUAACUGGAAUCACUGCCCUGCUGUAAUUAAACAUUCUGUACCACAUCUGUAUUAAAAAUAACAUUGCUGA